AUGGAUGAGGUUGAGAAUCCCGCAUUGCCCGCAGCGGGAGAGUCGAGUCCUACCAUAAGACCCGUGGACGAGGAAGUCGAGCCCGCAAAUGGAAGUGAAGAUGCAUUGGCAGUGAAGUCUGGUAUAGACACAGUAGAGGCAGAGGGAAUUGUGGUGGAUGGAUCAGCUGGCGAACAGUUACCAGCAACAAGAGCCAUUCCACCAGCACGACCGCCUUUGAAGCGUGACAGCUCGCAGCCUCCGCCCUCACAACCCCCUCCAGCACCUCCUGCACAGCCCGCAGAGACUGGGGAGUUCCCUCAAGAGCCGCCGGACAGCUUAACCUUGGCUGACCUGAAGAGGAUCCGGAACUCUUUCCCAAAUGCCCAGCAAGCGCCAAAACAGCAGCUGCUGGAACAUGAGAAGGUCUAUGAUUUCGAUUACCAAGAUGCACAAUCGUUUCCAGUCGAGAUAGAAGAAUGGCUUAGCUACAGCGAGGAGGAGGAUACCAAGCUGCGAAGAUGCAAAGCAGUGUUCAACGAUGAGUGGAGGGCGACGGAAGAUGGCAAGUUUGACUGGCUGGACGUGACUGAGGAUGCCAGGAGGUCGUUCAUACAGACAUGGAUCAAGGUGCUGCAAGACAAGCCGAAAGAGCAAGACGCGAGCAGAGCACUGAUGGUGUUGACCUAUAUCGGACUCGGUGUCUGGGAGGAAACUGCCGGUCGCCAGGAGGGUUGUGCCCUUGAAGAUCUGUUCGAUAACAGCAAGCUGGGCGGAUCCAGACUUGACGAGUAUGGCUCUUCUAGCUUGCAGGUGCAAUGGAUAGUUGCCAUGGUUGAUGCUCUGCAUUCAUGCGGUAGUCUGCGGGCUGUGUACGAUACGCUGAGACGCGUGUGUGAUAACGACUUUCAGACCGCGGCUUCGGACAUGUCCCCCCGAAACGAGCCACAAACCCGCAGAACAGACGAAAGCCUCGAGCUGUGGUGCAGUCUGACGUUGCUGUAUCUGUUCAUCGAAGUCGCCAGGACUACAGGAACUAGUGCGACGCUGCGGGACGACAUCCUCGCGCUCGAGCCGAAUCUCCUCAACUAUCUCACGCAGAUAGUCGCGCGGUUACGGUGGGACGAGUAUGCCCCGGUGCCAUUGACAAAGAUGCUACUGCUGGCUUGGAAGACCAUUCUUGUAUCUUUUGGUGGCAUCAAAGACGUCGAGCGCGUGAAAGCGUCGUUGACGGAGCAUCGCGACGAGAAGGAUACUCGCGGGCAACCACUGAUCACUGCAUCACCCCUGGACUAUCACCUCUUUCGUCAAGAGAUCAGCUCAAAGUACCCAGCAUAUCAACCUCCACCUCCUCUGUUCGCAUUGGAGCCAGAAAACAACAGCAUACUACCUCCACUCAAGCACCGAAGACCAAGCUACGCUGCUGUAAACGAGGCAAUGUUUACAGGGGCGCCAACGGUAGGUACUGGCUCGAUCAUGCAUCAGCCUGUGCACAUUGCCACGCCAGCACCAUCACCACCACCAUCGCCCGCCGGUCCCGGUAAGGCCGGGAAGAAGCAAAACUAUCAGACGAAUCAGAUGUUCCCCUUCUUGUACCCACCACUUGAUGCAAGUAGCAAUGAGCUGGGCGGCAAAGGGAGCACUGAGUUGCAAGAUGCUUUAGUCGGCAGAAGAUGGGAAGGGUCUGAUGUGCCUACGAGCAUCCUCGAAGCAGCUGAACUAUUCGCUAAGCGCAUGCGGGCAACAUGGGCGAUGAAACAGCUUUGGGAAGCACGCGUUGACUUUAUGAAGCAAGAGCGAGGAUGGGAGAACCCCGAAGAUGAGAGCCACCUUCCUGAAGUCGACGACUUUGAGCUGGUGCCAACACUUGCGCCGGAGGAGACUGUUGAGCAAGGUCAGCCAGUCGCCCAGACUGACGAGCAGAGAAGACUCACCAAAGUGAACGACUACUACCGCGACUCGCUUCCACACCUGCAAAGUGUGGUUAUCGUUCUACUGAAAGCUGUGCUGCAGAAUGUUACUGAUCUGGUUACUAAGGGUAACGGGCAGAACGGUCUGCAAGCUGGAAUUCAGUUCAACGAUACGACGGGCGUUAACGGGACAAAGCCGCUUGAGAACGGCGUCAAUGGCCACAGCGACGGCAUCGAGAAUACGGCAGAAGAGCUUGAUAAGCUCAGAUCUCAGGAGAUCACCGCGAAGGCCUUGAGUGCGAUACUGCUUCUACUGCUGAAAUGGUUCAAGGUAUCGCACAUUCUACAGUACGAGUACAUGACUCAGCUGCUGCUCGACUCCAACUACGUACCGCUCAUUCUGAAGCUCUGGCAGACUCAGGAGAUUGGAAGGGCAUGUCACUACAAGCUGGACCGCGACGAGCGAAACUUCUUCUACUUCUGCCAGACCAACUCACGCCAUGGCGUGCCCAAGUCGCCCGAAGUCCAUACACCCGAUGCAGCGGCCGAAGAGUCGGAAGACGAUGCUGCACCACCUCCUAUCAAGCUGAAACGAGACGAGCCUCAAGAAAAGCCGGAGUCUCCCAUUGCGGACAUGCUGGACUUCACCCAUCCGCCAGAGGUCGAUGAGCUCGGGUAUCCACAAACACCACUUCCUCCGAUCCCCUUGAAAAGCUACUCCUACCGCAACAUCUUCAGCGCCAUCAACUACCUUCGCGUAUUGCAGAAGAUCACUCGCCGCAAGACCCACCGUGCCCUGCUCCUGGUCAGCUACAAGAGCUCGAACCAUCUUAAGAAGACACUCAAGAUACCCAUCCACCCUCUUCGCUACUACACCCUCAAGCUCUUCAAAUCUCAAGUCCCCUUCUGUGGCCGCAAAUGGCGACAGGGUAAUAUGAAGAUCAUCACAGCCGUCUGGCUUUCCGUCCCAGCUGAGCUUCGGGACGACUGGCUGAGUGGCGGCGGGGGAGGUAUGGGUGGUGCUUGCGUGGGAGAUGUCGAUGGGACUGUGGAAGAUGCGCUUCCACUAGAGCAGAGUCUGAGGGCGCUGACACAUUGGUGGAAUGUGAGGAACUUUUCGGAUGUUAUGGGAGUCGAGAAGGGCAUGAUUGAAGAGGAGAUGGACUACUUCACCAGAGAGUUGGAGAAGAUGGAUUGUGUGGUGAGGGAUGAGAAUAUGGCUAAUGAGGAGCACGGAUUAGGGGACGAAGCGUGGCAAGGCCCUAUUGAGGGAUAUUGA